AUGGCCCUCGCGGAGGACAGCAGCCAGCUGAAGCUCGACGGGAUCAUCGGGUUUUCCGGCUCCGUGCAGGACGGCGUCCACGUCGUGCGGAGCGAGCACCUGCCGGGGUCGCGCGAGUGGAUCAUCUACCCGCUGGGGAGCCUCGUCGUCGUGCGCCAGACGGGGACGGGGUCGCGCGCCGUCGUCGCCUUCCUCCAGGGCCACAGCAACGACGUGAGCUGCCUCUGCGUCUCCGGCGACGGCCGGCGCCUCGCGUCCGGCCAGGACUCUCACCAGGGCGUCGCGGCGGACGUCAUCGUCUGGGACCUCGUGGAGGCCUGCGAGGGCGCGCUCGCCGGCGAGAGCGCGUCGGAGAAGGUGCUGCUGCAUCGCCUGCGCCAGCACAAGGGCAGCGUCCAGGCCGUCGGCAUCAACUCGACGGAUUCCCUGCUCGCGACGCUCGGCGGCCGCGACGACAACGCGCUGGUCAUCUGGGACCUCGAGAGCGGCGAGCCCAUCUGCGGCCAGCCCGCGGCGGCGGACAACGCCCUGGCGCUCCAGUGGCUCCACGGCAACCCGGACCGGCUGAUCACGUGCGGCGCGCGCCACCUGCGGGUCUGGCAGGUCGACGUCUCUUUGCCGAAGCUCCACGCCAUGGACGCGCUGCUGGGCACGCUCAAGCGCGUCAUGCGCUGCAUCUCCGUGGGCUCCGACGACGCCUUCGCCUACGUCGGCACGACGACGGGCGAGGUGCUCAAGUUCGCCAUCGACCGCGACGGCAUCCAGCUGCCGAACGACCCGGACCGCGUGCGGCCCAUGCUCAAGGCCGUGUCGCCGAAGCGCGUCGGCAUGGGCGUCCACACGUGCCAGUGCCUCACGAACCCGCGCACGGGCAACGACAACGUCAUCGUCGGCGCGGGCGACGGCACGCUCCUCCUCCUCAACACGGACCUGAACGCGAUCGCGAACAAGAAGGAGCAGCUGUUGGGCGCCGUCACGAGCAUCUCCAUGCCGAACCGCGAGAGCGGCCAGUUCGUCGUCUGCACGGCGGAGGCGAACCGCUACCGCGUCGCCGUCAAGGACUGGCAGGCGGACCUGGUCGCGACGGCGCACGUGGGCAAGGUGAAGGACGUCGUCUUCCCGCCGAACUUCAGCGACGUCUUCGUGACGUGCUCCGCCGGCGGCGACAUCCGCGUCUGGAACACGAAGAAGCGCGUCGAGCUCCUGCGCAUCCGCGUGCCGAAUCUGGAGUGCGAGUCCGUGCUCAUCACGUCCUCCGGCGGCGAGGUCGUCAGCGGCUGGUCCGACGGCCGCGUGCGGUCCUUCUUCCCCGAGAGCGGGAAGCUCAAGUUCGUCAUCAACGACGCGCACACGGACGGCGUCACCGCGCUCGCGAUCGUGCCCAACCAGGCGCCGUCGUCUUCGUGGAAGCUGCUCAGCGGCGGCCGCGACGGCCGCAUCCGCGGCUGGCGCGUGACGACGUCCCACCAGGCCAUGCUCUUCAGCAUCAAGGAGCACCGGGGCAUGGUCACGGCGCUCAAGGUGUCCGAGGACGGGUCCAAGGCCGUCUCCGCGAGCGCGGACGGGUCCUGCCUGAGCUUCGACCUCCACACGCAGGUGCGCAAGCUCGCCUUGUUCGAGCCCAACGUCUUCACGAACGUCGCCUGGCACCCGGACGAGAGCCAGCUGUUGACGACGGGCUCGAACUACAAAAUCACGUACUGGGACGCGUACGACGCGUCGCGCAUCCGCGUCGUCGACGGCUCCUUCACGGACGAGAUGACGGCCCUCGACGUCGAGCCCAAGAGCGGCGCCUGGUUCGUCACGGGCUCCGCGGACAAGACCGUCAAGUUCUGGCACUACGACGACGGCAUCGCGUGCGCGCAGGGCAUCGGCCACUCGAAGCGCAUCAACUCCGUGAAAAUCUCCCCGGACCAGGCCAACGCCAUCUCCGUCGGCGACGAGGGCGGCAUCUACAUCUGGUCCCUCGACGAGGCCGUCAAGCCCACGUGCGACUGA